AUGGACGGUCACAAAUCGAGGGUCUUUUGCGCGUGUUUCAACCCUAAAUCGGCACACGAGCUAAUCUCGGGUGGAUGGGAUAACACAAUUCAGUUCUGGGACACCAGACAACCUUAUGCACUACGGCGUAUAUCGGGUGUACACAUGUGCGGCGAUGGACUCGACAUUACUAAAAAUGGGAAAGAGACUUUAGGGAUGAUUAGAAAUUUAAACGGAGGCGUAUAUAGUAUGGACAUUGGUCCAGUAAAUCCAAAGCAUGCGAAGAAAACGAAAACGGCCACCGUUGUACCACAGAUCGCGUUCUGUGCCGGCAGACGAAUCUUCGAAAUAGACGCUCAACCUGGUUGAUGAUAAUCGAAACAUUGUUUCCGUUUAGAUAAAUCUGA